UUUAUUUUUUUUAGAAGAUUUUCGUAAAUAAAACAACAUCAUGGUGAGGAAAUUGAAAUUUCAUGAACAAAAACUUUUGAAAAAAGUUGAUUUUAUAACAUGGAAAGUGGACAAUGGUGGUCAGGAAAACAAAAUUCUUCGACGUUAUCACAUACGCAAAAGGGAAGAUUAUACAAAAUACAAUAAAUUGUCUCGCCAGAUACGAGAAUUAGUUGAAAAAAUUGCAAAGUUGGAGAAAACUGAUGCUUUCAAAUCAGAGGCUUCGUAUAUGUUAUUGGAGAAAUUGUUUGGUAUGGGUCUUAUAGGCGAUAAAACAAAUUUGGAAGUCGCAAGUAAAGUAUCGGCCAGCUGCUUUUGUCGCCGACGUUUACCUGUUGUUAUGGUGAAAAAUAAACUUUCGGAAAAUAUUAAAAAUGCUACAGAUUUAGUGGAGGGCGGUCAUGUAAGAGUGGGCACAGAAAUGGUUAAAGACAUUGCUUUCUUGGUUUCUCGUAACCUUGAAGACUUUGUAACAUGGGUAGAUGGCUCCAAAAUCAAACAACAUGUUAUGUCCUACAAUGAUUUACGAGAUGACUUUGAAUUAUAAUUUACAUUUUGGCACUUAACUAUUAAAAAAAAAUAUUUUCAAAAAACAAAAA